AUGGCGCCCCGUAAGAAAGAUGUCGUUGCGACUACAACCCCUCCGAAGACGUACGCCGAAGUCGCAAAAGAGCAGCCUCCUCGCAAGACAUUGGUGGAGCAGAUUCCAUCGCCUGCACGUUUGAUUCUCGCAGUUCUCGCUAGCCUAGCGCUUAGCUCUACCCUAUUUACUCUCACGUCCCAAGUCACUCUAGGCGAGUUGGGACGUGUCAGCAAGCACCUCGAAGAAUGGUGGGAAGUGGGCGGACUGAUGGCAUGGAAGGCCGUCGAGAUUGGACUGGCGUGGAUACUGGGAUUUGACGGGCGCGACGUUCUUUUCUUCUCCUUUCUCAUCCAUUUACCCACCUACGCCCUCCUUUCGUCGUUCUAUGGCCUUCGCCCAACCACGAUCCUCACUUCUUACGUGAUUGUGCUCCUUUCCACCGCUACCCCAUUUGCGCUUCUCCGCAAGCCAACUCUGGUGCACAAUCUCUCACGUGCGCCGCCGGCCGCCGUCCCCAACAGGGGCAUCCUUCAAGACUGGGGCAUCACAGUGUAUACAACCAUACUCGCAACGGCCAUCUAUACAGUCACAGUAUACCUCAGCUACGAGACUUGGCUCCCCGCACAGCUAGUUGUUUAUUUUGAACAAAUCCCCAACAUCACGAGGGUCCAUGCCGGCCCAGCCGGCUUGCCUAUGCUAUUCCUUUCCCUUCUUCCAGCUGGCUGGGCUGCGAGGGAUUUCCUGUUUGCUAGCUCAGCAGGCACGCCACCAGCGCCUGGCAGCGACUUAGAAAAGGGCAAGUCCGUGACGUCCAAACAUGGAGAGUACCUUGCCUGCGCCAUAUACAGGAAGACCUGGGGAGCGUUGUCAGAACGGACCAGGGUUUUGAUCUCUCGGACCGCGGUGCUCACCAGUGUACUAUUGGCAAAUACAGUUAUUCAAGUCGCCGGGACCGUCCAGGGAGCUAGUUUUGAAGGAGCUUCCGCGUGGGGUCUGGUCUGGGCGCUGGCAACCUCCAUCACGGGUUUGACGUACGGUUGGGUCGAGGCUGUUGAUGGACUUUGA